AUGACGUUCAACAACUACACUUGGGUGCCUACAUUGGCCAUGAACUUGCAUUUCAACUGCAGCCAGGCAGCUACGUUAUGGGAUCUGGACCUGAACAGGAUGCCCCCUUCGCAGCGUCCUAAAAUUUAUUCUGCUGUACGAGACGGUCUGCAGGAUCAUCUGCAGAAGAACAACCUCAGUCAGCCACCCGAAGGAGAACUCUUCGUGUGGCUACAGGGAACACGUACUGUACAGAAUGCACUCGAGAUCAAUUUCACGGAAUGCCGAAACGAACUGUGUCCUCUCUGGGGCUUCGAGGGAAACUCGGAUAUCGCUGUGUCACUCUACGUCGGUGCAUUACUUGCCAUUCGAUUUGACAAGGUCCCAAAAGCCGAGAGUAGAGCUGGACUGAUAUCUCGGACGCUAUUUGCACUGCAACACUCGACUCUGGCUUUCCUCAACGCUUCAUUUGUUUUCGCGAUUGCCAUGCUAUCCGCCUCGCUGAUGUCUAUCGCGAAAACUGUGGACAACUUCACCUUCAUCGCGUCAGCAUGGGCCCUUACCAUACUCAUGCCAAUCAGCUCAGUAAUUCCCGUAGUUCUUCUGCAACUUGCUGCAUCAGAUAUGCUCAGGCGAAACAGAGGCCGGAUCCUGCUGUGGGCGCUCGUAGACGUUCUGAUCAUCAUUAUACUGGUCUUGUCAUUCAUACCCAAGAAACUUGAUCAUAAUAUGAACGGUGCUGAGUGGAAAAAGUACCAGAAGCAGGCCGAUUGGGAAGUACUCUGCAUCAAUACGCGCGCGGAAUAUCAACUGGUCCUUUUGAUAUUUCUUGCUUGGGCUUUGGCCGGCUCGCUUCUCUUGGGGAUAACGAGCUACCUUGUCGGCACCUUAGUUGCCAGAUUGCGACACUCGUCAGCAGGGAAGUUGUAUAAGCAGAUCGUUCGAGUACUGUGGUGGACAUGUCUUGUCCUCGCUUUUGUGAGCAUGUGGUUGUGUCUGAUUUGGUUUAUCCAAUUCCAAAGCUACACGGACAAACGUGCUGCGGUCGAUAACAAGGACACAGAGUGGUCUUUUGGGCAGAUUUUGGCUUUCGCAACGUGGGUUCCUGUGCUUGUUGAAUUCGGGUACCUGUGGUGGGAACGACCACUUGAUGCGCUGAACGGACGGCUCAUGCAUCCGUACGAGGUCAAGGAGGUAUCAAAGCAGACCCAAGCGUUCGAGAUGAGUCGAGAGGCAGAAGUAGUAUGA